AUGUCGUCUUCCGGUGAUGAUAGCGAUGCCUUUUUUGCUCUCUACCGAUACACGCCAUCUCUCGAGGCAGCGGCACUAACAGGAAUGCUUUUUUCGAUCUUGUCGCUAGCUCAUAUGGCCAAGCUCUGGAGUACCAAGUCAUUUUAUUUUGUACCCUUUACCAUUGGGGGUAUCUUCGAGGCUGUAGGGUAUUUCGGUCGAAUCUGGUCACACUUUGACAAGAAUGCCAUUGGCGGAUACGUGAUGCAGUCGCUGCUCAUCCUCGUAGCACCAGCCUUGUUCGCCGCUUCCGUGUACAUGAUCCUCGGCCGAACGAUGCGAGCUCUUCACGCAGAGCACCACUCUAUCAUACCCAUCCAGUGGCUCACCAAGCUGUUCGUCAUUGGCGACGUUGUGUCCUUUUUUGCUCAGGGCGGCGGUGGAGGAAUCCAGGCAGCAGGCACCUUGGAACUGUACGAGCUGGGAGAAAAGAUUAUUCUCGUCGGCCUGUUUGUCCAAAUCGUCAUGUUUGGCAUCUUCAUCGUCUGCGCCAUUGUCUUUCACCGGCGUGUGGUUCUGCGCCCAACCACAGAGGCAAGGGAGGGCGGCAUCCAGUGGAAGAGUUACAUGUGGGCUCUCUACUGCGUGAGCUGCCUCAUCAUGGUGCGCAGUGCCUUUCGCGUGGUAGAAUAUGCACAAGGAAACGCGGGAUUCCUUGUUCGGCGUGAAUACUUCUUGUAUCUCUUUGAUGCAGCGUUGAUGCUCGUCACGAUGGGAACGUUUUUGGUACAAUACGUGGAUGACCUGAACCCAGCAUCGCGAAAAUUCUCAACAAUUGUGAUGGAGGAUCUAGGACAAUAA